AUGAAAAUAUGUGGCUUUGAGGAUCUGGAGUUGGAGUCAAGAAAUCUUAUAAAUGUUGAAGGCAAGAUCCUUAGUAUAAGCCGCCAUUAUUGCCUGUGGGGAGAGAACUUCUUCAACCCCAAGACCAAGAAGUGGGCCAAGGUCAAGGAUGACGACAACAAGCGUUCGUUCGUGAUGUACGUGCUGGACCCGAUCUACAAGGUGUUCGACGCCAUCAUGGGCUACAAGGCUGACGAGAUCCCGAAGCUGCUGGAGAAGUUGAAGGUGGUGCUGAAGCACGAGGACAAGGACAAGGACGGCAAGAACCUGCUGAAGGUUGUGAUGCGUACCUGGCUGCCGGCCGGAGAAGCUCUGCUUCAGAUGAUUGCCAUCCAUCUGCCGUCGCCGGUGGUUGCCCAGAAGUACCGUAUGGAGAUGUUGUACGAGGGACCGCAUGACGAUGAGGCCGCCGUUGCCGUCAAGAACUGCGACCCGGAGGGUCCGCUCAUGAUGUACGUGUCCAAGAUGGUGCCGACCACCGACAAGGGCCGUUUCUACGCCUUCGGACGUGUGUUCUCCGGAAAGGUCGCCACUGGCCAGAAGGCCCGUAUCAUGGGACCGAACUACACCCCCGGCAAGCGUGAGGAUCUGUACGAGAAGUCGAUCCAGCGUACCAUUCUGAUGAUGGGCCGUUACGUCGAGGCCAUCGAGGAUGUGCCGUGCGGUAACAUUUGCGGUCUGGUCGGUGUCGAUCAGUUCCUGGUCAAGACCGGUACCAUCUCGACCUUCAAGGAUGCCCACAACAUGAAGGUGAUGAAGUUCUCCGUGUCGCCUGUGGUGCGCGUCGCCGUCGAGCCCAAGAACCCGGCCGAUCUGCCCAAGCUGGUCGAAGGUCUGAAGCGUCUGGCCAAGUCCGAUCCUAUGGUGCAGUGUAUCAUCGAGGAGUCCGGCGAGCACAUCAUUGCCGGUGCCGGUGAGUUGCAUCUGGAAAUCUGUCUGAAGGAUCUGGAGGAGGACCACGCCUGUAUCCCGCUGAAGAAGUCCGACCCCGUCGUGUCGUACCGUGAGACCGUCUCGGACGAGUCCGACCAGAUGUGUCUGUCCAAGUCGCCGAACAAGCACAACCGUCUGUUCAUGAAGGCCGUCCCGAUGCCCGAUGGACUCGCCGAGGACAUUGACAACGGUGACGUGAACUCGCGUGACGACUUCAAGGUGCGUGCCCGUUACCUGGCCGAGAAGUACGACUACGACGUGACUGAGGCGCGUAAGAUCUGGUGCUUCGGCCCGGACGGAACCGGCCCGAACAUCGUCGUCGACUGCACCAAGGGUGUGCAGUACCUGAACGAAAUCAAGGACUCGGUCGUCGCUGGCUUCCAGUGGGCCUCGAAGGAAGGUGUGCUGGCUGAGGAGAACAUGCGCGCUGUCCGCUUCAACAUCUACGACGUGACGCUGCACGCUGACGCCAUCCAUCGCGGUGGUGGCCAGAUCAUUCCGACCGCGCGUCGCGUCCUGUACGCGUCGUACAUCACGGCCGCUCCGCGCAUCAUGGAGCCCGUGUACCUGUGCGAGAUCCAGUGCCCGGAGGUCGCCGUCGGCGGUAUCUACGGUGUGCUCAAUCGUCGCCGUGGCCACGUCUUCGAGGAGGCCCAGGUCGCCGGUACGCCCAUGUUCGUCGUGAAGGCCUACCUGCCCGUCAACGAGUCGUUCGGCUUCACCGCCGAUCUGAGAUCCAACACCGGCGGACAGGCGUUCCCGCAGUGCGUGUUCGAUCACUGGCAGAUCUUCCCCGGAGACCCAGCCGAGCCCGGCACCAAGCCGUACGUCAUCGUGCAGGACAUCCGCAAGCGUAAGGGCAUGAAGGAAGGCAUCCCGGAUCUGUCACAAUACCUGGACAAGUUGUAAAUCAUUCUUUAUUGUAACACCCUUCUUACAAUUCAACAACAACAAAACAACCUAGCAGAAUAUGGAAGGCAGGAGUGUGUGUCCAGAGCUACAACAAUGAAUAUAAAGAGAAUAAUUUAUACAUGUUUACAAAAGUGACAAAUCCGGGCGCGCGCCUCCUCGUGCGUGCCUUUGCAUCCACUCAGAGCAGAACUACAAAUCCCUUCACCACCACCAAAACCCACGCUUUUCGCGCCGCGCUUUUUCCCUUCGAUCAACAAUCCCCGUCUCGUGCCGGGGGCUCCAUCGUGCUCGUGUUGAAGAAAAAACACAACAGAACAAGUAGAAGAAGACAACAAGAGAACGUCAGUGUGUGGCAGAACGUAAAGCGUAAAAUCAAAGCAAGAGAGAAUAUAGAAGAUGCGACAUCUUGUUGAGCAAAAAACGCCAAACUAACUGGCGCAGAAACGCAAA